UGAUUCUAAUGUCACAACUGAUACGGAAAGUUAGGAACACAUCUGUAUUCCUACAGCAAAAGUACAGACAGGAAAAAACUCUCUCGAGAAAUUUCUGAAAAUAUUAGGUAAAAUAAUAAAAUGUUUUGUAUUUUGUUUUUUGUCUUUAACAAAAAUUAAAAGAGCUUCCUUAACAAGGCUAAAAAACUUCGACGGCAAAGCGAAUAGAGCUUAAGAUAAUUAGAAUUCAAAGGGAAAAGUCUUAAACUUCUGUAAAUCCGACAAAAGACCAAACUGCGUUGGUGUUGAUUUUGACGUGAAGUCUUUGAACUUUGAAGAUAUUUGAUUUCUUUUCAUUUUCCAAGGAAAACACUUCAACGAUGUCCCAGAAUUAUAGCAUUAUUCCGGGAACAAAGCUCGAGGACUUGGUGGUCUGUCCCUACGACAGCAACCAUCGCCUGCUUCCCAAUCGCCUGGCCGUGCAUCUUGUACGCUGCGGACGCAACUAUUCUUCCAAACAGAAGGAGCAAUGCGGCCCAACUUGCGCCCAAAUCCACUCCAUGAUGGAGAUGAAGUCGCAUGCUAAAGUCUGCCAAAAUGGGUGUGCAUUAGAAAAGGCUAUGAAUCCGGUCAUGGUGACACAGGAGAAGGCACAACCUUCCGAUUUCUGUGUGGAGUCUACUGAGGACUGGGAUGCUGAGCCACCAUCAGGAACCUACGAUCCGUUGGACCAUUGCGAAAAGCAUUACAUCAUUCGCAAUCCCCAGGGAAAUGCGCCGGCGACACGUCGCGAGUUUCGUGCACGCGAGCGCCUUCGUUUCGUCGAGAAAAACAAGUUCUAGAAUCUAAAUGCAUAUAAAGAAUACACACUUUACACCACUUAAAAAUACGAAUCCGCAAAUCAAUAAUUCAGAAAGAAAUAAAUAUUAUAACAUACCAUCAAUCACACUUCUUGGAGCUUCAAAAACAAAUACCAUUUAUAGUAUAAC